UUCACAUUCUUGCUUUAACCUUCUUUCGUCACUGUCGUCACAUUCGUCACUUAUACACUAAGGCAUAUCGAAGUCAUGCUGCGAUAUUAACGAUCAACAAUUUGCAAUUAGCAUAACAUCGCAUCAAUUGCGCCUUGCCCCUUAGUUUCGUUUAGACCUGGCCUUGCAACUUACCGAACCUCUAUCGCCAUGGGGAAGAAAUGGCGAUGGGGUGUCAUUCUAGAUGCCGGUUCCUCAGGGACGCGUCUACAUAUUUACCGAUGGCUAGAUUCCGCGAAAGCCGUUAAAGACGCAACGUAUGCGGAACUACAUAGCUUACCCAAUAUCAUUACCAAGGAGAAAUGGACAAAAAAGAUACGACCGGGCAUUUCAACCUUCGGCGAACAUCCGGAAGACGUCGGACCCGAUCAUCUGCAGCAAUUAGUAGAACGAGCUCUUGAUGUCAUACCUAGCGACAAACACGCGGAUACUCCGGUAUUUCUUAUGGCCACGGCCGGCAUGCGAUUAUUGCCUCCUACUCAGCAACGUGCUGUCAUAACAGAGACAUGUUCAUACUUUCGCGCGAAUACGAAAUUCUCCCUUCCCGAUUGCGAUACGCAUAUUCAGGUCAUUCCGGGCGAGACGGAAGGUUUGUACGGAUGGAUAGCAGCCAAUUAUCUCCUAGGAGGCUUCGAUGACCCAGAAGGACAUGCUCAUGGUAAGAAUCACCAUACGUAUGGAUUUUUAGAUAUGGGCGGUGCUUCGGCACAGAUCGCUUUCGCGCCGAAUGCUACAGUAGCCGAAGAACACGGCAACGAUCUCAAAUUGCUACGAAUGCGAAGUUUGAACGGUGCACCAAAGGAAUACAAGGUCUUUACUUCGACAUGGCUCGGAUUCGGUGUCAACCAAGCUCGGCAACGUUAUGUCAAGACCCUAGUCGAUGAGUUCUUGAUCAAUGGUGAGCACGAGGUACCCGAUCCUUGCCUACCGAGGGGAUUGCGAACAAACGAGAAGGGCGAGACCAUCAAGGGAAUUUCGACCGAACUCGAGCUAGUUGGCACAGGCGAAUUUGACGAGUGCUUGAGACGAACAAGACCUUUACUAGGAAAAGAUGUGGCAUGCGAGGAUAAGCCCUGUUUAUUCAAUGGCCAGCAUGUUCCUCCGAUCGAUUUCGACAUAAACCACUUCGUAGGAGUCUCUGAAUACUGGCACACAACUCAUGGUGUGUUUGCGAAUAAGAACGACGACACUGCGUACGACUUUAACACGUACCAAAAGAAGGUCGUAGAAUUUUGCAGCCAACACUGGGGGGAGAUUGAGUCAAAUAUUGAGGCGCGGAAGAAAGAUCAUGGGAAGGAAGCUCAGGAGGCCUGCUUUAAGGCAUCCUGGCUAAUCAGUGUGCUACAUGAAGGCAUUGGCAUACCGAGAUACGGCAUAGAACAUACGCCAACCCCAGGAUUCAACGUCACGAAGGGUAUCGGAGAGGCUGCUAAGGAAAAGGGGUUUCUAAACCCGUUCCAAGCUGCUGACGAGGUGAACAAUAUCGAGAUUAGCUGGACACUUGGAAAGAUGGUACUCUACGCAGCCGGUCAAAUCCCCCCCAAAGACAACUACCUUCUUCCCGUCGGAUUUGGUAGCAACGUGAAGGGCAUUCCUUCAGACUUCCAAUACGCUGGAUCCAGUUACAAUACGACAUCAGCAAUCGAAGACGACGAUAACUGGAGUGAUACAGCCGAGGAUCUUAUAGAUCAUGCGAAAUCAAAGUCGACAUCCGGAUUCUUUUUCUUCGUACUAGUUUUCUUAUUCCUUGCUUUCCUACUGCGGAAGAGAGAUAGACGAAUGCGACUAUACGGUAAAGUCAACAAGGUACUACGCCGACGACGACGCCCGAGCAGCCCACGGAAGGCCGGUUUCGGGUUCACGGCUAUUACACAUAAACUGUUCGGCCGCGGACCAUACAACUACGAAAGGGUAUUAGAGGAAGGCGAUCUCGACCAAUUUGAAUUAGGCGAUGCUUCGUCAGAUGAGGGUGAGCAUUCUGAUAGUAGUGGAGGAGCAUCAAGAGUCGGUCGAUCGUCCGGUCUAGCUACACCGAAGCUAAAUAUGGGCUCUUUCGAUGAUCUCAAGAAACAUGCUCAACCAGGAAACGCCCUUGAUCGAAGCGGAUUGGUGGUCCGAACGGAAAGUCGCGAGAGGCUUUUCCCACAAAUGCUCAACGCCGGUCGGAGGAGUCGAGCGGCUAGUCCUACGAGACUAAAGAGCCCAUUAAUGAGCCCCCUAACGGAGGACUAAUAACCAUUGUAUUCUAUUCUUAUACCAAAUGAGCAACGGCUCAUUGCUCAGGCGGCACACUACUUUGUAGGGCUACAGGUUCGGAGUUACCAGGAUUAGGGGCAUACGGGGCAAUGGAGUUCAAGGCGGCAUAGGAUUGCGGCUACUUGUUAUUCACGGGACGAACGUUCACGAAGUCAGCUUGGAGCAAAAGCAUGUUGAAUUUAUUGACGGGACACGUUGUCUCCGUAAGGAGUUAGCUACUUAGCUAUUCGAUCACAUCACUUUGGCCAGACAUGGCCUGAAUAUAUGAAAUCACUUCAACUCAAUUGGCCGGCGCGCUGCUAUGUAUGUCUCAACUGUCAUCAUGUGUGAAGAAUUAUCAUAUGUAUUUAGGUAGAUUACAUAUUCUAGAUGAGACAAUCAUCAGCUGAACAUAGCUAUUAUAUGAUCGUCCUUCGUCUCUGAAGUGUGUCCUUUCAUUUC